UAUAAGAAUAUCAUGAUCAGUGUUUUUCAAAGCAUAUAUCCAUUGUCAGCGGUGACAGAGAGAAGCUAAGCUAAGCAGCGUUUUUUUUUUUAUUCCGUCGGAGAGAGAAUUUGAAAGAUGUCUUCAGGUGUUGUCAACAACGACGAAGAUAAGAAGCCUACUGAUCAGGGGGGUGCACAUAUCAAUCUCAAAGUCAAGGGUCAGGAUGGGAAUGAAGUGUUCUUCAGGAUCAAGAGAAGCACCCAACUGAAAAAACUUAUGAAUGCAUACUGCGAUCGGCAAUCUGUGGAUUUCAACUCCAUUGCUUUUCUGUUUGAUGGGCGUCGCCUUCGCGCAGAGCAGACUCCCGACGAGUUGGAAAUGGAAGAUGGUGAUGAAAUAGAUGCCAUGCUUCAUCAGACAGGAGGUUCUGUUGUCUGAAGGAAGUGACGAUGUGUGUGCCGUAUUAUGAGUAGAAUUAGUUUGACGUAGGGCUAGGCUAAUGCAUAUUAUGCAUCUUCUAUUAUCAUCACUUGUCAAUAUGAUUAUGAGUGGAUUAUAAUUAUAAUAAUUCUACCUGUGAAGGCUUAUACUCACUUCUUGAGCUUGUUCCAUAAUCCAUAUGGGUGUUGAUAUAUCUCAACACCUAAGUAUUGGAUGUUCAGCUCAGAGGGAUGAAACUUGAUAAUAAUCAUGUGUGUGAAUUGGAAUGUGAUUUUUGUUUUUUAUGGUUCAUAAGGUAGGAGUUAUGUUGAUAUUGUUAGGGGCA